GGCUGCCUCUGCUGUGACGUGAGGCGACACAGUGCUGCUGGAACUUCCUGUUACCUGCGAGGCUGGUUCUCAGAGUUCCUGCCCGCCUCUGCGUGGACGGAAGACAGCAGCCAGGAAGGUGCGGAGAACCCUGGCUGAAGGCUGAGGUCAGACGAGCAGGCCGGGAGGGACAUGCGGAGAUGGAGGGCGGCUGGAGGGGCGCCCGAGCCGCCCUGGUCAUCCUGGCUGCACUAGCAGCUUCUGGAUCCAGCUAUCAAAUCAUAGACGGUCCCAAGAACCUCACGGUCCUGGCGGGCUCAGAGGCCCGCUUCAACUGCACCGUCUCCCAGGGCUGGAGGCUCAUCAUGUGGGCUCUCAACGGCACGGUGGUCCUGAGCCUCACGCCCAGCGAGCCCAUCAUCACCAACGAGCGCUUCACCUCCGCCAGUUACCAAGUGGACGGCAACUUCGUCUCCGAGAUGGUCAUCCACGACGUGCAGCUCAACGACUCCGGACGCAUCCGGUGCAGCCUGCAGAACAGCGACCUGGACGCCACUGCCUUCCUCCAAGUGCAAGUCAUGGGAGACUUGCACAUUCCUGGAGACAGUCUGAGAGUCGUAGAGGAUGAGCCUUGCAAUGUCACUUGUCGCGCUUCCGGCUGGACCCCGCUCCCAGAUAUUUCCUGGGAGGUCGGAGUCCCUGUGAGCCAUUCCAGCUAUUUUUCCACCCCGGAGCCGGGCGACCUACAAAGUGCAGUGAGCAUCCUCACGCUCACGCCGCAGGGCAACGGGACGCUGACCUGCGUGGCCACCAUGAGGAGUGUGCGGGCUGACAAGACUGUGAGUGCGAACCUUACUGUGGUUCCGCCUCCCCUGGGCAGUAUUGAUAAGCCAGGCACGUCCCUGCCUACCUGGGCCAUAGUUCUGCUUGCUGUGUCACUGUCACUGCUUUUGAUCCUGAUCAUUGUUCUGAUUAUAAUAUUCUGCUGCUGUUGUGUCUCCGGGAAAGAAAAAAAAGAAUCCAGUUAUCAAAGUGAAAUAAGGAAAUCCAUACAGGCCAAGACAAACAAAGAAACUUCUGAGCCGAACUUAAAGAGUGGCAAUGAAAACCGUGGAUACAGUUCAGAUGAACCCAGGACUGCAGGCUCUCGUUUUCCUCCAGAGUCCUGGUUGGUGGGGAUCUCUGAAGGCAACAUCCCAGCCGUCAGACUUGUAGGGGCUGCCUCGCGCCCUCCCAGGUCCGGGGAAGUCCAGGUGCCGGAGCCGCGGAGCAGCGGUCACCAUCCUCAGGAUCCGGAUCCGCACUGGCCCCGCUCCGAGAGUCGGCCGCAGCUUUCCGUUCACGCGGCUGGUCCCUGGAAGGUCAGGAACGUGACGCUGGUAUAGGGGAGGCUUCCUCAGGCCUCCACCCUGCACUUGGCUGACGCCCGUCUUCAGCUUUGCCAGCAUCGCCCCUCGAACAGGUGACACGGGAGCCGCGGGGCCCGCUGCUGUAUUGCGAGAGAAGGAAUCGAGAUUCCCAGGUCCCAAAGUCGAAUUUGACUUUUGAAUGUUUCAAGUUUAAGUGAAUUCCGUGAAGUUGCUAAGGAAAAGCUGCAUCACAUGUUUUUCUCAACACUCCGGACUGCUAAUCCAAUGAACAGAGUUUCCAUUCUUCCGGGGCGUUUAGAAGGAUUUUAUCGUCUUAAACCAUACUCAGAUUUUAUUUAUGUGCGCUUAAUAAGGAGGGGCAUUACUGCAUAUCAUCCGUGAGAUAAGAGGCUAAAAAUCGGGUCAAUCAGCGAUCAAUGGGUUAAACAUGAGAAUAAAUUCCAGGGCUGAUAUCCGGGCUCCUCAUAGCCUGCUUCCUUGUCCGGCUUGUUCUCAUCCUCACAAGAAUCACACGUGGAUGACGCCUUUAGGCGAUGGACUUCAGGUUCCACAAACGCCUGGGAGGAGCUGCAGAUGAGCCCUGUGGUGCCUGAUAAGAGCAAACCCUCCGGCUGCUGUCUUGACUUUCUCCACGCAGGUGGCAGUGUAAGAAUUCUGUGCUUUGGCGCCUGCCUUUUCCAGGGAGGGGACCAGGAGACCCUGUGACACGCGAUCCCAUCUUCCUCCCUGUUUGUCUGAGACUCCUGUGCGCCUGCCCCAUCCAAAGCCAGCCGGGAGCUGGUAUUGGGAACGCAAUGGCCGCCUCCUCCCUUUUCACGAAGGGGAUCUCAGUGACCUUCCCCGCCCACCCCACCUCUUCACGCGCAACUUAGCCAGCCUGCGAGGUUGGCCGACUCUGAGCUGGUCCGCGUAGAUUUCUCGCUGGUUAAUAUGUAGUGACCGCCCUGACCACCCCAUGCCAAAUCAUGCCAUUGCCAAAGCUGAAUCUGACUUUUACAAAGUGCCAAGAUUUGAAUGAAUUCCUUCAAGCUGCUGAGGGGGAGGUGCCGAUUCGGGACGAGGCUCUUCCUCCUGCUACGAACCCAGUGAAUGGCAGACAUCUUCCAGCACCGUGACGAGUAAAAUACUCUUAGGAGCUUAGAGCUCAUUCUGCCCCCACCCUGGGACCGCCUCCUAUAAACCAACAGCCAAAGUGAGGGUUACUUCCUGACACAAAGUGGAGCUGUGCUGGUUAUCUGUUCUCAUUGGCUGAUCCCCAUAAAGUAGCCAUUCUGAUUGGUUGGUGCCCAUACAAUAAAAGUUCUGAUUGGGAGAUG